AUUACUACCUGAGCCACGUGCAAAUUGGCAUAGGGUCAAGAAGAUUAGAGAGUUUGAUGCAUGGCUCAAGGAUUGAUGUGGGUGAAGUGGGUUUGAAUUCAUGGGAAAUUGGCACCAGUAUUGGUAAAACAGGGAACUAAUAUAAGCAAUAUCAGUAGGAAUCAGCUAUCUGGCCCGUCGAGCCUGCUCCGCAAUUCAAUAAGAUCAUAGCUGAUCGGACCAGGGACUCACCUCCACCUAUCUGCCUUUUCCCCAUAAGCCUUAAUUCCCCUACUAUGCAAAAAUCUAUCCAACCUUCUCUAAAAAUAUAUUUACUGAAGUAGCCUCCACUGCUACAUUGGGCAGAGAAUUCCACAGAUUCACCACUCUCUGGGAAAAGCAGUUCCUCCUCAUCUCCGACUGAAAUCUACUAUUGAUCUCCUGAGAUCCACAAGAAAAAUGCUGGAGGAACUCAACAUCCAGGCAUCAUCUAUACAAAAGAGUACAGUCAAUGUUUUGGUUCCAGUAGCAUUUUUUGUUAGUUGCUUGGGUUUCCAGCAUCCGUAGAUUUUCUCUUUAUUUUGAUCUCUUGGGAUUUUCACGCACCACAAUAGUCUCCAGAGUUUAUAGAGAAUGGUGUGAAAAACAAAAAAAAUCCAGUGGGUGGCAGUUCUGUGGGUGAAAACGACUUAUUAAUGAGAGAGGUCAGAGGAGAAUGGCCAGACUGGUUCAAACUGACAGGAAGGUGACAGUAACUCAAAUGACCACACGUUACAGCAGUGGUGUGUAGGAGAGUAUCUCUGAACACACAACACAUCAAAUCAUGGAAAUGAAUGGGCUACAGCAGCAGAAGACCACAGACAUACACUCAGUGUCCACUUUAUUAGGGUUAAGAGGUUCCUAAUAAAGUGGCCACUGAGUGUGACUGUGAUCUCUCAAACGGCAGGGUAAAUUCUAUCACCCUAUGCUCUCAACAGCUCCUUUAAAUUCUUCUUCUGGCAUUUUACACCUUCCUUUCCAGUCCUGAUGAAGGAUCUCUGCCCGACAUGUUGACACAGAUGCUGCCUGACUUGCUGAGUUCCUCCAGCAUUUUAUGUGUGUUGCUCUGGAUUUUCAGCAUCUGCAGAAUCUCCUGUGUUUACAAUUCCUUUACCCUGUGCUCGCAAGAACAUGAUUUCACAAUAACAGUGGUCAUUAAACUUACAUUAACGGUUCAGAAUGAUUAAUUAAAUCUUGUUAUCAACUUGUUAAACAUUACCGGACAUCACAUACAAAAGGCUGAGUGUGGGUUUAGGCAUCGAUUGCCAGCACAGUCUGCCUCAGUACACCUGGUCUGCCCUCCUCCUGCUCAGACCAUGGCUUUUGGGGACCUCCUGGAGAUGGUUGGAGACCUGGGAAAGUACCAAGCCAUCCACAUUGCCCUACUAUCAAUUCCGACCUUUCUCAUAGCCUGCAACAAUCUGCUCCAGAACUUCGUGGCCGCCGUCCCCGACCACUGGUGCAAGAUGCAGCAGGGAGGCGAGAGCUCGAGGUACCUCAAUGUGACGGAGGAGUUUCUCCGGGUGUUCCUGCCCAUGGACCAGGAAAGGAGGCCGGACAAGUGCCGCAUGUACGCCUCCCAGCAGUGGCAUCUCCUGGGCACCAACGAGACGCAGGGCAACGGGAGCCAACCUGACACACAGGCAUGCACCGAUGGGUGGGUGUACGACCACUCCCAGUUCACGUCGACGAUUGUGACAGAGUGGGACCUCGUGUGUGAUCGGAAGUCUCUGAAGCGGAUGGUGCAGUCCACCUACAUGGCUGGACUACUGAUCGGAGCCAGUGUCCUGGGCAGACUGGCCGACAAGUAUGGCCGCCGAACCCUGCUGCUAUGGUCGCACUUCGUGGUUGCUGUUUCGGGGACGUGUGGAGCGUUCUCCUCCUCCUUCCCACUCUUCUGCUUCUGGAGAUUUCUGUUGGGGUUUAGCUUGUCGGGUGUCAUCGUCAACUGCCUAUCCCUCAAGGUUGAAUGGACUCCAACCAGACUUCGAUCUCUUGUUUUGAUGGGUAGUUCCUUCUGUUUCACGCUUGGUCAGGUCUUACUGGCUGGGAUUGCCUACGGCAUCAAAGAUUGGCGUUGGAUCCAGCUCUCGGUCUCUGUCCCAUUCUUCGUCUUCUUCCUUUAUUCCUGGUGGCUCUCAGAGUCGGCCCGAUGGCUCAUCGUGAACGGCAAGGAACACAUUGCUCUAAAGCAGCUGAAGAGGGUGGCGAAGAUUAACGGUCGGGAGGCAGAAGGGGAUAGACUCACUGUUGAAAUUCUCAAGGCGAGUGUGGAGAGUGACCAGCUCGCUGCCAAGAAACAGAGUGUGUUCGAUCUGUUCUGGACACCAAUAAUGCGACGGAUCACCUGUUGUAUGAUGGUGGUUUGGUUUUCAACGAGCUUCGCCUAUUAUGGGCUGUCAAUCAACCUGCAAGGGUUCGGAGUUGACAUCUACCUCAUCCAGGUCAUCUUUGGAGCCGUAGACAUUCCGGCGAAGAUCAUGGCCUACCUGACACUGAGCCUGUUCGGGAGAAGAUUCACACAGGUCUCCUCCCUUACCCUGGCAGGGUCCACAGUGCUGGCAAACGCCAUUAUUCCAAAAGACUUGCAGACUGUCCGGACCUCGCUCGCUGCCUUUGGCAAGGGAUGUCUGGCAGCCGCCUUCACCUGCUGCUACCUUUAUGCCAGUGAACUUUACCCAACGGUGAUCCGGCAGACGGGAAUGGGGCUCAUAGGUACCAUGGCCCGGAUGGGCGCGAUGGUGGCACCCAUCGUAAGAAUGAGUGGCGAUGACAUCCCCUUUUUGCCAUCUACGAUAUAUGGCGGAGUGGCUGUAAUAGCAGGAUUAACUGUCUUCUUCCUUCUGGAGACACGGAACGUCCCUUUACCGGAAACGAUCAAAGAUGUAGAGAACAGGUAUGGACGGCGGACAGUGUUGCUUUGGACGAGCUUCCAGCUGACUGUCUGUGCGACAUGUGGGAUGUUGUCCCCGUCCUUCACCCUCUUCUGCUUCUGGAGAUUUCUCUGUGGCACAGCGAUGGCACGCAUCAUAAGUAACACUUACUUCACCAUUGAAUGGAUCCCAAAGCGGAUCAGCAAAUUGGUUAUCACGGCCAUGAACUACACGUAUUCGCUGGGCUCGAUAGUACUGGCCGGCAUGGCCUUCUGGAUCCAAGAUUGGCACUGGCUUUAGUUGGCCGUUUCCAUCCCAUUCGUUGUCACCUUCCUCUAGUCAUGGUGGAUCCCCGAGUGUGCUCGAUGGCUUCUCAUGAACAACAAGACCAACACUGCCAUCAAACAGCUGCGGAAGGUGGCAAAACUAAACGGCAAGGAGGCAGAAGGGGAAAAGAUCACCGCCGAGCUUCUCCUAUCAACUAUGGAAGAAGACCUGUCAAACAGCAAAGGUUCCUACAGCAUGCUUGAUCUGUUCCAGACUCCUGGAAUGCGCAAGAUAUCCUGCUGUACCAUGUUUGUCUGGUUUUCAACUAACUUCUCAUACUACGGCUUGGCGAUUGACCUGCAACGGUUUGGCAUGAACAUCUACCUGAUCCAGGUCAUCUUUGGAGUAAUUGAUAUCCUCGCAACCUUCUUCACUUACAUCCUCAUGAGAUAUCUUGGCUGAUGCCUCACAGAAAGCAUCACCCUCAUCCUAGCCGGGAGCAUUAUAUUAAUAAAUACCUUCAUCCCCACAGAGAUGCAGACUUUACGCAGUCUACUUGCUGCAGUCAGUACGGGCAGUGUCUCGGCAGCAUACGCCUGUUUGUUCCUCCACACCCCUGAACUCUAUCCAACGGUCAUCAGGCAGACAGGACUGGGAUUAGUGCUCAUAACAGCACGGGUAGGAUCUAUCAUUUCGCCCAUCAUAAGGCUGAUCGAUGACUAUGUACCAUUCUUGGCAAUGACCAUAUAUGGUGGAAUGGCAAUAGUGUCUGGGAUCACAGUCUUUACCCUGCUGGAGACACGGAACGUUCCUUUACCGGACACCAUUCAGGAAGUGGAACGCAGGGCAAAAAAAAGAGCAAAUAAAAUCAAGAGGUCCAAGAAAGAAGAAAUUCAGCUCCAAGAGGCAUAAAUAUCACCGCAGAAACAGGGUGUUAAACCCACCUCAGGCUGAAUACACCUUUGGAAAUGGAAUUGGAGUUGGUUGAUUAUUGUCACAUGUACAGAGAUACGGUGAAAAGGUUGUCUUGCAUACUGUUCAGACAGAUGAAAUCAUUACACAGUACACUGAGGUAGAAAAGUUCAAAGUACAUCUACUAUCAAAGUAUGUAUACAGAAUAUAACUCUUGAGAUACAUCCUCCUGCAGGCAGUCACAAAACAAAGAAACACCAUGAAAAGCAUCAAACACUCAUCACGCCAGAAAGAGAACAGAAGGCGCAAACAGCAAAAAGCAAGCGAACAACACACAGAAUAUCAAACCUGGGGUCCAGGAGGCCUCAGUUUAGUUCAGUUCAGUGCUGUGUCGCUAGCCGACUGUAGGCCACAGAGCCAGGCUUCACCGAAGCGCCCCAGUCCUCACCAAUCACCCUGGUCAAACUGCUCCAAAAUAGCAAAAAAAGUCACCAGAAUCCAGUAACACAUGCACCAUUAACCUCAAAGUCCCCAAAACCUCGAGUCUUGCCAGUCAAUCCCUGCAAUGUGGAACCCUCAGCAGCUAGCGAGAGGUAGUAGUCAGCCCGUGCUCUGCUCUGCUAUUUUUCAUGAACUUCUGUUCAUUACAUUCGUGAGGUCUGCGGUGCGCAGAGACCUGCUCAUUGCCUGGGAACUUUCCCAGUGCCGUGUGGAAUUUUCCAUUUGUGACGUCGCGUCAGUGCUAAAAAGAAUGCCCUGAUUGCAGAGGCUUUUGGGUUUUAGAAUUUUGGACAAGGGGUUCUCGGUCUGCAUAGAGCAGGACUAGACACAGAAGACGUCCUGGUCAUCCACUGCACCUAGUCCCAUCUCCAGCUGUCUCUACUCUGUCUUGCCACUGGAUCCAGAUGGGAAUUGGGAAGAGAGAGUGAGGCUGACGCUGCACAACUCUCCCUCACUUAAAUCCAAAUCACGCGCUAGUCUCGACACCAUCAUAAUGGUGUCGAGGUCCUCAUCGACGUUGACGAUGGACAAACAUUGGAGAGCAGGUAAAACAGUAACAGAAUGCAGAAUAGAGCGUUACAGAGAAAGUGCAGAGCAGGCAGACAAUAAGGUGCAAGGUCAUAGAUUCAUGGAAAAGUACAGCACAGAAACAGACCCUUUGGCCCAUCUAGUCCAUGCUGAGCCAUUCAAACUGCCUAUUCCCAUUGACUUGUGCCGGGACCAUAGCCCUCCAUACCCCUACCAUCCACAUACCUAUCGAAACUUCUGUUAAACAUUGACAUCAAGCUUGCAAGCAUCACUUGGACUGCCAGCUCAUUCCACACUUUCAGGGCCAUCAAAAGAAGUUUCCCCUCUUAUUCCCCUUAAACUUUUCACCUUUCACCCUUAACCCAUGACUUCUAGUUGUAGUCCCACCCAACCUCAGUGGAAAAAGCCUGCUUGCGUUCACCCUAUCUAUA